AAGAAGAAGAAGACGCAAAACGCAAUGGCGCCAGUGCGUCACGGCGGUGCCAUGAUGUUUACGGCGGAGAAUUACAUGGACGAAGAAAAACCCAUCAUGUCCAAAAGCGGCAUCCUGAGAGGAAUCAUCACCGAGAAGCUGAGCACAGCCGCCCGGGAGAUCUUAGCGGUGGUGGAGAGGACCGUAGCCGACUACGAGGAGGAGGCUUCGGGCUUCAGGCGGGAGAUCGAGCGGCAGAGGAGGCAGCUGGAGCUCCUGCAGCCUCAGGUCAAGCUGCCCAGAACAGGUAGAAGCAAGAGGAAACGUCCAGAAAAGCUUCCGAAAGAUCCAGGAACGAAACGGAUCCGAGACGACAAGAAGGACCCAGAGCACGCAGCGCCAAGGUCAGGUUCUUCCACGGUUCAGACUGGAAUGAAAGGGUACGGCAAACCGGCUUGCCCCCGCACCCAUAUAGACGUCACGGUCCGGUUACUGGAGAGCCCUGAGAUCCAUAUUUUGUCCUCAGUUGCGUUACGGAAAAUACCCACAAGGGUCCUCAAGUGCCCUCUAGAUCUACCGGAGCCGGCCUUCCUGGACCUGCUGACAUCCUCCUACCCUCAGCUGGCUGCAGGAGAACCGUUUGACAUUCUGAGAAUGAAGCGGCGCAUGAGGCUUCGGCCUCUGAAGCUGAAGACUCUGACUCCAGAGGAGAUGUUUGCAGCAAGAAUCUCGCAGCUCUACCUCCGGCUGAGGAGGACGCCGGUACAGAUGGACGUUAGUGAAGCUCUGAUCACCGAGUCCACAUCUGCCGACCCGCCGGUUCUGAACAACGAUGAAACUGGCUCUCAGACAAGGUAAACAUGUGCGUAAAAAAACAGAUAGAGUCCAAAUUAAAGCUCUAUAAGAGCUUCAGAAAGCCUGGAGCGCUUUGGAUCAG